GAUGGGUCGGCGGAGCGAGAUCGGGGUAGCGGUGCGGGUGCGCGAGGACGGCGGGGCGGUGGAGCGGGUGGAGUUGAGCGGCGGGGCGGUGUCGGUGAUGGAAGGCAUGGUCUCGAUAUGAAAUCCUUCUGUUUUAAUGCCACUCGAUCCUCCCCUCGCUGUGUGGUGAUGGUCGGAAAAGCCGGAAACGAUGACGGAGAAAUUUCAUCGUCGUCGCUGUUCUUGGACGACCAUAAUCGUGAACGGCAUAGUCCUGGGGGGAGUGGUUGUCAUGGAAUCCUCCGCUGAGGAAAGCUCGACCGAUCAUGACCCCAAAAAGCUGAAGUGUUCACUGUGGGAAGAAGGACUUGCAUCUGCCGCAACUACGGCUCGCUCUCAGAUACGAAAUGUACGGAUGUAUGACAGAAAAAAGAAACUGACAAACCCGAAACUCUUUUUGCGUUUCACUCGCAUGACUCCGUCACAAAAUGCACGCUGAACGCAAGAAACUCUCGCCGUCCGCCCCGCCCCCGAAACAAAUGCCAUCCUUUUUGCUACGAUUGACUGAUUUCUAUACAGUACACUGUUUUGCUUUCUGCGCUCUCGCCGAGUCAGACUGCGACCCAGGUCUCGUUGGGGGAAUUUGCCCCAAAUUUAUGUCUUUCAAUCAG